GGAUAGGCUGGCGGUUCGGGUUCGGGGCAGUUCGAGUCCACGCAGCAGGAAAGGAGUCCAUUUUUCGCGUGUAACUCUGCCGCCUGCUUUCUCUCCCGAGUGUUUGUGUGUGUGUCUCUGUGUCAGUAAGUGUGUUCUGAGCGGCUCGAGAGAGAGAGAGAGAGAGAGAGAGAGAGCGAGAGCGCGGAGGUCGGGCGGGAGGCUCAGGCUGGACGUGGUGGUGGCUGCUGUGUCUUCGCACACCGUGGAUUUAUUAUUAUUAUUAUUAUUAUUAUUAUUAUUAUUUUCACCGCUAGUGAAGUGCUGAGGAUUUAACACAGAGAGAGACACACUCUUAAACACACCAUGCCCAGGAGGACCGUGCAGGAAGUUACUGUCCAGGACGUGCAGAAGAGAAGAAUCCCCAGCAAGCACUAUGUAUACGUCAUUAAAGUCUCCUGGUCCGAUGGAUCCACAGAAGUUAUUUUCCGUCGCUACAGCAAAUUUUUUGAUUUACAGAUGGAGCUUCUGGAUAAGUUCCCGGUGGAGGGAGGACAGAAGGACCCGAAACGGAGGAUAAUCCCAUUUCUUCCAGGAAAGAUCCUGUUCAGGAGGAGCCACAUCAGAGACGUGGCCAUGAAGCGCUUGCGGCCCAUAAAUGAAUACUGCAGGGCCCUGAUCCAGCUGCCAGUAUAUAUUUCCCAGUGUGAGGAGGUCCGCGUCUUCUUUGAGACCCGUCCUGAAGACCUCAAUCCGCCCAAAGAGGAACCAAUAGGAAAGAAGAAGUCAGGAUUUGUGGAGAGAGCGACUACUUUCCUAAAGAGAGGAGACUCCACAUCCGCUGACCCGCUGCUGCUUGACCAGUAUGUGGCUGUUACUGACUAUGAGAAGCAGGAGAGCUCUGAGAUCAGUCUGCAUGUGGGUCAGGUGGUGGAAGUCAUUGAGAAGAACGAGUCUGGAUGGUGGUUCGUCAGUUCAGAGGAUGCUCAGGGAUGGGUCCCAGCCACCUGCUUGGAGGCCCAGGAUGACCCAGAUGAUUUCUCCCUGCCAGGCGAGGAAGUGCCCCGCAGGUACUGGUCACUGCCGAGGCAUGUGGGUCGCCGGCGAACGUUAGGGGAUCUAUUCGGCACAGGCUUUGGGCAAGAAGAAAAGUACAGUGUGAUCUAUCCUUAUACGGCACGUGAUAAAGACGAGAUUGAUCUAGAAAGGGGCAUGACUGUGGAGGUUGUGCAGAAGAACCUGGAGGGCUGGUGGAAGAUCAGAUAUGAGGGGCAGGAGGGUUGGGCACCUGCAUCCUACCUGAAAAAGGCAGACCUCCUAAGCCAGAAACUGGCAGCGGGUGCUGCAGCACAUGCCAGCACCAAUGACCUGGAUGGGUUCUCCAAACAGCAGAACACUAGCAAGGAGAACCGAGACAACCAUCGCAUCCCACCUCUGCCCGAGAGCAAGCGCAAAGCAGGAGCCAGACAAAGACCGCCACCACGCCGUGAUCUCACCAUUCCCCGAGGAGUGAACCUGCCCAAGCCCCCCACCCCACCCCAGGUGGAGGAAGAGUACUACACUAUUGCUGACUUCCAGACCACCAUCCCAGAUGGAAUCAGCUUUCAGGCUGGAGUCAAAGUAGAGGUUAUUGAGAAGAACUCUAGUGGCUGGUGGUAUAUUCAGAUUGAUGACAAGGAAGGUUGGGCUCCCAUCACAUUCAUAGACAAGUACAAGAAAACUAGCAGUGCCUCCCGGCCAAACUUCCUGGCUCCCUUACCUAAUGAAAUGGCCCAGAUGAAGCUGGAAGAGAGUUCCACUAACAGUUUGGCUGCAGAUGACAGCUGGUCCAAGCCACUUCCUGAUGAGCCGUCCACAAGCAAUGAUUCAGCAGCUCGACCCAAGCUGAGAGACUGGAAGUCAAACGCCCCCAAAAACAACUCCUCCUGCCCAUUCUCACAACCCCUGCCACCCGCCCCAGCCACACCCCCAGCAGAAGAGAAACCUGCUCUCCCGCCACGGAGGGAAUCCAUAAACAAAAGCUUGGAAGGGGAAGGGACCGAGAAACCAAAGCUGGACGUGUCCAAGGCCCUACCUCCAAAGCCCCCUGCCCCAGGAGUUAUCAUGCCCCUUGGCCCACCCAAGGCAGCUCCCUUCAAGCCUGAGAAGCCCCAGGAACCCAAGAAAGAGGAUAAGAAUAAACAGCUGCACCUCCGGAACGAGAUGGGCCUUGAGUGUGGUCACAAUGUCUCAGUGAAGGAGGUGAAGAAGUUCAACCUGAAACCUAUAACCAAGCCGGCCAAGGCCAAGAAUGAGCCCCUGGAGGAGAAGGCAGAACCAGCACCGUUUGUGAAGCCCAAGCCUGUACUCAGGCCGAAGCCUGUCCCAGGGGCCAGGCCAGAUGCUCCACCUGAAAACAAGAUGGACAUCACCAACUUGAGGGCGAGACUGCGCCCCCCCAAACCAUCGGAGGCAGGGGCGAGUGCUGAGGGCUCCCAGCAGGAUGGCAGUGCUCUUAACAAUGGGAGGGGGGCUGAGGAGCCAAGAUGCCCACCCAAGCAACAGAAUGGCCACAGCAACGAUGGGCCAGAAGCCCCAAAACCAGUGGCUCUCAGUCAAAAGGAGCCCCCCCAGAGGCCUGCGGUUGCACCCAGGAGACCCCCGCCUCCCAAAAAGCCCUUAGAUCCCGCAAGCCCCACUGAAAGCAAAGCUCCGCCAAAAGACUUUCCCGAGCCUAAAGCCAUCACCCCCCAGAACAGACCUCCACCCCCCAAACCGAAGGCCUUUGGACCAACACCCACCAAGGACAAGGAGGAUUCCAAAGUCAAAGCAGCCCCAGGUCCGAAGCAGUUCAGCAAGAGUGAGAAACCAGAGCCGCCAAAGGAGAAGCUCCCGCCCCUCAUUAAAGACGUGACCAAAGAGGAGCUCUUCAUGGCCGUGGCAGAUUUUGAUGGAGACGACCAGACCGCGGGCUUCAAGGAAGGGACGUUGUUCGAAGUGCUGGAGAAGAACUCCAGCGGCUGGUGGUUUUGUAAAAACGUGAGCAGCAGUCCAAUGAGAGAGGGCUGGAUCCCCUCUAAUUACCUGACCAAGAAGCCAUAGUUAGAGAUUACCUGGCUUUUUUAUCAUAUAUUUAAUGAGCUUUUUUAAUUUAUAGCUGGUACCUUAAUAGUAGCAUUUUAUUACAUUCCAUUCAUUUCAAGUUCAAGGGAGCAAAGGAACAGCCCUAUGUGAACAAGCAUAAUUGGACCUGUUUUCUUUAAUAGUGUUACUGAGGACUGAAGAAGACUAGUCACUGCAAUAAAAUGCACUGUUUCGCCUGGAACAAACCAUUUAGUUCUUGCUGUUUGACUUAUGAGCCAUAUGUUACUCAAGCCUAUUAUGUCAUUUUUAUAGUAUGUAUCACAAGCUGUAUUAAUCAAGCAAAAUAUCUCUUUUCUGCCUUCCAUGAUACUGUGCCUCAAUAUAACAUACAAGUGUAAAGUUUUAACUAUAUGCAGUAUAUAUUAAUGUAACAGGAGAGUGACAAGUAGAUGCUUUAAGUGCAAUGGAAUGAAAACGCGAACAACAGAUGGAGGAGGAUGUACAGGAUUGCCGGGUUAGCAUACAGCCAGGCCAAAUGUAGGGUACCUCAGAAAAGUCACCGAGCUGCAGCCAUGCAAAGAGGUUGGCUUUGAUGAGCAUUUAGCCACAUAUUUUAAAGUGCUCAUUUUUUUUGUCAUGUUUUGUGUAAUCU